UUCUCUGGUACGACUUCGGUUCCUGUCUCGGCAGCAGCAGCAGCGAUCGCUGAGCGAAGAGUGCCUAAGACAGCUGACCGAGAUGCCGAAUAUCAAAAUCUUCAGCGGCAGCUCUCACCAGGACUUAUCCCAGAAAAUUGCCGACCGCCUGGGCCUGGAGCUAGGCAAGGUGGUGACUAAGAAAUUCAGCAACCAGGAGACAUGUGUGGAAAUUGGAGAGAGUGUACGUGGAGAGGAUGUCUACAUUGUUCAGAGUGGUUGCGGUGAAAUCAACGACAAUCUCAUGGAGCUUUUGAUUAUGAUUAAUGCCUGCAAGAUUGCUUCAGCCAGCCGGGUUACUGCAGUCAUCCCAUGCUUCCCUUAUGCCCGGCAGGAUAAGAAGGAUAAGUUGGCUUCUUCAGAGGUUGGUUAUUUUAAACAUCUGGAGAAAAGUAGAGAUUCCAAAUACAGAAGCCGGGCCCCAAUCUCAGCCAAGCUUGUUGCAAAUAUGCUCUCUGUAGCAGGAGCAGAUCACAUCAUCACCAUGGACCUUCAUGCUUCUCAAAUUCAGGGUUUUUUUGAUAUCCCAGUGGACAAUUUGUAUGCAGAGCCAGCUGUCCUGAAGUGGAUAAGGGAGAAUAUCUCUGAGUGGAGGAACUGCACUAUUGUCUCACCAGAUGCUGGUGGAGCUAAGAGAGUGACCUCCAUUGCAGAUCGGUUGAAUGUGGACUUUGCCUUGAUUCACAAAGAACGGAAGAAGGCCAAUGAAGUGGACCGCAUGCUGCUGGUGGGAGAUGUGAAGGAUCGAGUGGCCAUCCUUGUGGAUGACAUGGCUGACACUUGUGGCACAAUCUGUCAUGCAGCUGACAAACUUCUGUCAGCUGGAGCCACUAGAGUUUACGCUGUCUUGACUCAUGGAAUCUUUUCUGGCCCAGCUAUUUCUCGCAUCAACAAUGCGUGUUUUGAAGCAGUAGUAGUCACCAAUACCAUACCUCAGGAGGAUAAGAUGAAGCAUUGCUCCAAAAUACAGGUGAUCGAUAUCUCCAUGAUCCUUACAGAAGCCAUCAGGAGAACUCACAAUGGGGAAUCUGUGUCCUACCUGUUCAGCCACGUACCUUUGUAAUAGAAUAAUUUCUGAAGCUUUUUAAAA